AUGAACACACUCACACUGGAACAGCCUCCGGCUCCGGUUCCCGAGAUUGACAUCCUUGCCGAUGAAGCCAGCCAUGUGCCCGGAUACGACCCCGACAUUCAAUUCGAUGAUGUCGAGGCAAGAAAGGCCUUGCUGAAGGUGGACCUCUUCAUCUUGCCAUUCAUCGUCCUCCUCUUCUGCUUCCUCCAGUUCGACCGGACCAAUAUUGGAAAUGCUCUGACCAAUACGCUACGAAAAGACAUUAAUGUCGGGAACUCCGACAUCAACCUCGCCCAAACGCUCUUUAUCGUCGGCUUUGUUAUUACUGAGCUGCCCUUCAACAUGAUCAGCAAGUAUCUGGGACCCGAGCGAUUCCUGCCGGUAACCAUGUUCUUCUGGGGGGUGACGACCUGGUGUCAGAUCUUCAUGAAGAACGCCUCAGGACUCUGCGCCGCUCGGUUCUUCAUUGGUGCGUUGGAAGGCGGGUAUAUACCUGGAAUGGUCCUCUACAUCUCCAAAUACUACACCAACCAGGAACUCGGGCUGCGUUACGCCUUGUUCUGGGCAUCAAACAAUAUCGCCGGUGCGUUGGGAGGGCCACUGUCCAUUGGGCUGCUCUCGCUGGAAGGCAAGCAUGGGUUACAUGGUUGGCAAUGGCUGUUUUUGAUUGAGGGUAUCCUGACAUGCUUCCUCGCCGUCCUAGCCUACCUCUACCUGCCUCACGGUCCUGCCAGACCCAAGUGCUUUUUCGGCAGAUCUUUCAAUAUCUUCACGCCGCGGCAAGCGUCCGUCAUCGUCACUAGGGUGAUUCGAAACGAUCCGACCAAGGCCCUUCGAUACGGGAAACCGGUCUUGCCAUCACAUAUUUUGGCAACCUUGACGGACUGGCGGUUAUACGGACAUAUUGUAGCCGCAUUCCUGUCCAUGAUCAUGAUCUCACCCAUGAACACAUACGCGCCUUCGAUCAUCAAAUCACUGGGCUUCAGUGGAUUACAAGCAAACGGCCUCAAUUCGGUGGGCAGUGUCUGCUGUUUGGUAUGGUCGAUUUCUCUGGCGUAUAGCAGCGACAAAACACGCGAGCGUGGCUUUCACAUAUCCGUGGGUUAUCUGUGGGGUGCAGCAGGCUUGCUCUGGCUGGCUCUGGCACCCAACGGUGUCAACAAGUGGGUUCUUUAUGGCGGCGUGGUCAUGACUCAAAUGGGCAUGGGUUCUGCCCAAGCCAUCUGUGCGGCCUGGCUGACUUCCAAAAUGCAAGACUACAAACGUCCUGUAGCUCUGGCUGCCUAUGUCAUGAGCAUUCAGAUUGCGGGAUUUCCUGGUAACCAACUGUUCCGAACGAAAGACGCUCCCCGAUAUAAGCAUGGCCUCAUCAUCGCCGCUUCCUGUGCCAUUGCGGGAGCAGUGGUCAUUCUGCUCUGGAAAUUGAUGUAUCGAUUAUUUGAUCAUGGAGAUGCCGGGAUUGAGACAAAGUAUGGUCUUGCCCCGCCACAGGACAGACAUGGAUCUGAGCCUUGA